AUGAAGACCCUCGCUCUUACUCUGGUUACCCUGCUCCUGCAGGCUCCCCCCCUCCAGGCCAAAUUGUACCCCCGAAACGUCAUCACCUACGCGGUGAGCCCCGACGCACACAUCACCGGCGAGGAAAUCAAGUACAACGAUCCAGACUGCGACCCAGGCAUGCGCUGCGUCGUGACCAAGAGCUGCACUGCCCCCGGCACCGGCCCCACGCUCAGCGCGGACAAGAAGUACUUCGCCUGCUGCCUGGCCGGCCAGCGGCUGCUCGGUAGUCCCGAGACGGCGUUUGACUGCUGCGCCGACGGCCAUGAGCUGGCGGGCUCGCCGCAGGCGGGCUACCACUGCUGUCCGACGGGGUAUUCCUUUGACGGACAGCAGUGCAAGCAGGUAUGCAAGAACGGCAAGCUGCUCGUGAACGGGCAGUGUGUUUGUCCUGAGGGAACCGUCGAGGCGGAGGAUGGAUCCUGCCAGACCAGGAAAAAGCCGACGCAGCAGACUUGUUCGUCCGGGCUGGAGAGUGGGAAAUGCUACACCUUCACCAGCGAGAACGGCAACCGGCUCGGCCUCCGCAACGACGGGCACUACUACGCCGCGGCGGAGAGCAUCAACCAGCGCUAUGGCAAGUUCCAGCUCUGCAGCGAUGAGAGAUGCACGCCCGGUCACGCCAUCAACCCCUCCGACAAGACCUACAUCAAGGAUCUGUACGGGGACCUCAGGUCUGGCGCCAACGCGGGUCAGUGGCUCAACAAUAAGCAGAACGGGGGGCAUAUCGGGCGGACCUCGACGUUUGCCGAAGCGGGCCAGUUCGUGCUCAGCAAGUGGCCUUGUGGCAAGUACUGUCUUGGUGGAUUUACCGCCGGCAUUGGGCCUGCUUGUCCAUCGGAUAAACCGGCCAUGACCUUCUACUCGCAGGACCCGCAGAUGUGUGUGCCGUUUGAGCUGACCGAGGUGCCGUGUGAUAUCAAGGCGGAUGCGAAUAAUUGUAUUUGGAAGAAUGGGGAUCAGUGUUGCAACAAGGUUGACUGCACCUGGCGUCCUAUUCGCGAGUGA